AUGGCGUCUCCUGUUUCCCGGACCGCGUUAGCAUUGUUGCUGUGUGCGGCUUUUAUAAUUUUAUGCGCUCAUAGUUCUGAAACUAAAGCUAAAAAGAAGAAAGAUAUCCGGGAUUAUAAUGACGCGGACAUGGCGAGGCUGCUGGAGCAGUGGGAGGAAGACGAUGAGAUCGAAGAAGGCGAUCUGCCGGAGCACAGACGACCCUCGCCGCCUAUCGACUUCUCCAAGGUGGAUCCAUCCAAACCCGAGGAUCUUCUGAAGAUGUCCAAGAAGGGAAAGACCGUCAUGGUGUUCGCAACCGUGUCCGGGAAUCCUACGGAGAAGGAGACGGAGGAGGUGACCAGCCUGUGGCAGAGCAGCCUCUUCAACGCCAACUUCGACAUUCAGAGGUUUGUGGUGGGCUCCAACCGUGCCAUCUUCAUGCUGCGCGACGGCAGCUACGCCUGGGAGAUCAAGGACUUCCUGACCAAGCAGGAGCGCUGCGAGGACGUCACCGUGGAGGGGCAGGUGUUCCCCGGGAAGGCCGGCAAGAAAAACGACCAGGACCGAGAAGCAAACGAGACCAAGAGGAAAAAGGACAAGAAAGCGGCGAACCGAGCCAAUCAGGGCAAACAGGAGCUGUGAGGGGGGCGGCAGGGACGUGGUCGCGGGGGGGCCUACACGAAAACCGGACCGGACUUAAGAGCUGAACGGUCGACUGGACGAGAGUCCCAGAGUGCUACAGACAGUUUAUGUUCCUCACUCCAUUUCUUUUGGUUACAGAAGGUACUUACUUCAGUAAAACACCCUGAAGUGACGUUAAUCCUCCCGCUGUUGCUGCCUCCAUGUCCGACAGGCGUCAUUUACACUUUAUAAACAUUUAAACGUCAUAAAAUAAUGAAUCACAAUCAGUUCUCUUUCACCAGAAAUAAAAUGUGUUGAUUUUUUUUUACUUGAUUUCCACACGUUUCCUUUACAAUCAGAAUAAAGUCGUGUUGUCGUUGUUUACA